AUGGCUUCUCUCCCAGUUUUCAUUCCGGCCAAGUUGUUUCCUUCGAUCCUCUCACAUGAAACCUUGAUCAAUCACUUUCAGACCAAUCUCCCCAGACAUUCCUCAGCAAUCACAAGCCCUGUCCGCCAAAACCACAUCGUUUCACCACCUUCUUCUCUCCUACUCAUGCCUUCUUGGUCAUCUUCUCCUUCUCUCCCUUACAUGGGCGUCAAGCUCGUCACCUAUUUCCCUCAUAACUCCGCUCAGAACUUACCAGGCAUCCAUGGAUCCUACACACUCUUCAGCUCCACCACAGGACAAACCUUAGCUUCAAUGGACGGUACCGUAUUAACCCUUUACCGCACUUCCUCUGUUUCAGGCCUAGGCUCCAAAUUCCUAGCUAGAGACGAUAGUCAGGUGCUGAUCAUGGUUGGUUCCGGUGCUCUCGCGCCACAUCUGAUCAAAUCCCAUCUUGCUGCGAAACCAAGCUUAAGAAGAGUGAUCAUAUGGAACAGAACCCCUCAAAAGGCUCAGGAUUUAGCUGAAACUCUCUCUAAGGACUCUCAGCACAGCGAGAUCUCAUUCGAGAGCCACCAUUCGUUAGAUGAGAUCAUUCCUCUUGGAGAUAUCAUAAGCUGUGCAACAAACUCAACAGUUCUAUUGGUCAAAGGUGAGUUGUUGAAACCCGGAACACAUCUUGACCUUGUCGGGUCGUUUAGCCAUGAGAUGAAGGAAUGUGACGACGAGGCGAUCAAGAGAGGGAGAGUGUUUGUGGAUAACGACACUGCGUUGGUAGAGGCGGGAGAGCUGGUGGGAGCGUUUGAGAGAGGAGUGAUUACGAGAGAAGAGAUUUGUGGGAACUUGGUUGAGUUGAUAAAGGGAGAGAAAGAAGGAAGAAAGAGUGCAAGUGAGAUAACGGUGUUCAAGUCUGUUGGUUCGGGUACUGUAGAUCUCUUAGCUGCACAACUUGUUUAUGAGACUUAUCUCAGUAGUUCUUAAGGAAUAUGUCUUGUAAACGAAAUAAGGUAUUGAGAUGGGGUGUGUGACGUGUCAAUAAUGCAUUUGGUGUUAGCCAUUUAUUUAUUAAAUAAAAAUGCAGUUUUGUUGUGGAA